GGCGUCCAUGCCAUGGUAUGAAGGGUGAAGGUGCUGUCCCCACAUCGGGUAGGACUCGGAUGCACACACCUAGGCUGUCCGCCAGGGGAGACGCAGACUACAGAAGGCGCAGCACUUUUUUAUAUUGCGGUGUCCACCAGUGACCGGAGCGAUCCAUAACCAUAACAACUACAUAGACAUAUUAGGAUGUAGGACCCUCCUCCCCCUUACAGCGAUUUAUAUCCUAGCUGCUGCUGCUAUUAGGUGUGGGAGGGGGCAGUUCGCACACCCCGCCUCACUCCCCCUCCCCAGGCUCCCACACUCACGUCUUGCUCCAGGGCACAGGCUCAUGGCAAGUUACGGAUCACCCAGUCUGAGUGACUGCUACUGGUACUGCGAUAUCCCGGGGCGCCGAUACCCACUCCCGGGGAGUCUGUGAGCUACUCCUCCUCCGGCUUAUAGGGAGCGCAGGACACGACUUUCCAGCCACUUCACUGCAAGGGAGCAGCGGCAGUGCGCCCGGGGGAUAAUUGCCAUAAUGUGGAUGCAGCCUGUGCAGAGAGCGGGCUACGGGGCUGCUAGCAGAGUAUAACCGCCAGCUCCUGGGACUGAGACCGGCGCUGCGAUGUUGGGAGAUUCGCUGUUCUGUGAUCGGAGGCUGUGCUAUGCUGGUGAUUUUACAUGGAACAGCAUGUCUGGGCGUAGUGUCCGUCUGAAAUCGGUUCCCAUACAAAGUGUAUCUGAACUGGAGCGUGCACGGCUGCAGGAAGUGGCAUUUUACCGUCUACAGCAAGAUUUUGACUUAAGUUGCCAGAUCACUAUUCCCAAAGAUGGGCAGAAGAGGAAAAAAUCUUUGCGAAAGAAACUGGAUUCAUUAGGAAAGGAGAAAAACAAAGAUAAAGAAUUCUUACCCCAGGCAUUUGGAAUGCCGCUAUCACAAGUUAUUGCAAAUGACAGGGCACAGAAGCUAAAGCAGGAUUCUCAGAAAGAUGAGCAGAAAGAGGUGACUGACUUUGUAACAUCUAUCCUGCCUUUUGGAUCAAGACGACAGAAUAAAGAACUCUCUAGUAGCAAUUCAUCUCUUAGCUCCACUUCAGAAACGCCAACUGAGUCCACAUCUCCCAAUACACCAGAGGCAGCACCUCGUGUACGGAGGAGGGGUGCAAUGUCUGUGGACUCCAUUACAGAUCUUGAUGACAAUCAGUCUCGACUCCUAGAGGCUCUACAGCUGUCUUUGCCAGCCGAGGCUCAAAGUAAGAAAGAAAAGGAAAGGGAUAAAAAGCUCAGCCUGAACCCUAUCUACAGACAAGUUCCCAGGCUCGUAGACAGCUGCUGUCUACAUUUAGAAAAGAAUGGUCUACAAACCGUGGGGAUUUUUAGAGUGGGAAGUUCCAAAAAGAGAGUACGACAGUUACGUGAAGAGUUUGACCGUGGCGUUGAUGUUGUUUUGGAAGAAGAACACAGUGUCCAUGAUGUUGCUGCCUUGUUGAAAGAAUUUCUCAGAGAUAUGCCUGAUCCUCUACUGACCAGAGAACUGUACACACCUUAUAUACACACUAUAAUGUUGGAGCCAGAAGAUCAGCUUGCUGCACUGCAGCUUCUAAUAUACCUGCUACCUCCUUGCAACUGUGAUACUCUGCAUAGACUGUUGCAGUUCCUGUCUACCGUGGCUAGCCAUGCAGAUGACACAGUUGAUAAAGAUGGUCAAGAGAUAACUGGGAACAAAAUGACUUCAUUAAACCUGGCAACAAUAUUUGGGCCUAAUUUAUUGCACAAGCAGAAGUCAUCUGACAAAGAGUUUACAGUUCAAAGUACUGCUAGAGCUGAGGAAAGUACCACCAUUAUCUCUGUGGUGCAGAAAAUGAUCGAAAAUUAUGAAAACCUCUUUAUGGUCCCUGCUGAUUUACAGAAUGAAGUUCUCAUUAGUCUUUUAGAGACUGACCCUGAUGUAGUGGACUAUUUACUAAGAAGAAAAGCUUCCCAAUCCUCGAGCCCUGACCUUCUGAGAUCAGAAGGCUCUUUUUCCAUUGAAGGUCGACACUCAUCUACAGACUCAAAUAAAGCUUCCAGUGGUGAUGUGUCUCCAUAUGACAAUAAUUCCCCAAUUCUGUCUGAACGAUCUGCAGUUGCAAGACAAGAAAAUAACUCUGAGAAACUCUUUAAGACUGCAGAACAUCAUAGCUUGGUUAGCCAUUUACUGUCCAAGACAAAGGAAAAUGCAGCGGCACAAUUGUGUUUGAAAGAAGCUCCAGAAGAAAACUUGGAUAUUUGGGGAACAUGGCACACAACACUAAAAUCAGCCUCAAAAGAUCAAGGAAUAACAGGUUCAUAUGGGAACAUCUAUGAGAGUAGCUCUUUGCAACAAGGACAGUGUUCUCUUUCCCAUGGCAAUCUAACACAGAACUGGCCUUUGUGUAAAAACUCUUCAGUUGAAGCAGACAAUGGUAAGCCAAACAUACGAAGGACACACACAUCCACUGCCAUCCCGGAGUGCAGGCCUCACAGUACAUUGAUGCGUGUUAGUAGUACCCCUCAAACAGAAACAUCCAAAAGAAACCUUGAACACAAGUCGAGAUGUGAUCAACACAUGGUCUCAAGCAGUACAGAAGACAUCACUGAGGACAAUGCACAGAUAACCUGCACUCAGAAUAGACCACCACCUUUAAAUUUACGACAUUCUGACAUCAAUAGAAAUGAAGCAAGACUCCCUCCACCCUAUCCUGGUUCAGUAAAACAAAGUGUUGCACAGCCUCAUCGAUCACCAGUGUAUUCAGCAGAGCAGGCCAUAUGGAGACUGCCAAGAUCUGAGACUGUUGAUGGGACAUCUUUAGACAGGACUCCAUCCACUGAACAUUCUGUUCAAAACAGACAAACUUCAUUGAAAACCCCAGCCAAUAACCAAAACACUAAGAACUUGACUGACCCAGACUGGCAAGAGUGGCAAAGAGAAAGAUGGCAGAUAUGGGAACUUCUGUCUACUGAUAACCCAGAUACACUACCGGAGACACUAGUAUGACGCUUCAGGCAUAAAACUAACAGAUACAGACUUUGGUAUUGCUAAGGGACUGAAACAAAGAAUGAAAUAGUUGAAACUGUUCUUUUUAUUUUUUUACACAAUUUUAAUUUUGAUUUAAGAAAAAACAAAACACAUCUGUACUCUUGGGGCUUUUAUUCUUGAAACCAUAUUGAAAUAUCACUGCCAACUUUCCAAUUUCUUUAUCUACUUAUUGUCAAAGAAUACCAUUAAUACAGUUGUUUUCUUCGGAUGACAUGUGGAAUGGAAAAUGCAGCUUAGCAGACUUGUAGGUUUAUGAUAUUUAUACGUAUACAUUCCCUAAAACUCGUAUAUUCUAUAAUAGGCUGUAACUUUUGAACACAUACAGAAAAAUAAAUGAACAAAAUAGCCCUUUUAGCUCUUCUCUGCACUUCGUGCCAUGAUAAUUAUAACAUUUUUAUAAAAUAUGCACAAGCUGGUUUGUGUGCUUUGAAACUAUUUUUAGUAAUAGACAGUGAUCAGUUCCUUUUAUGUUUUGCUUUGAAGACUGGCAGAAUAAAUGCAUUUUUGGGCACAAAUAUAACUAAAGCAGGCGUAUGCCAUGCCCACGUAAUUGUGUACAGUAGAAAGUGAUUCAUUCAAUAGGUCAGAGUUCAAGUGGACCCUACAUACAAAAGGAUUCAAGCAGCAGGGGUCUUGUGUGUAAACUAUGGUAACCCUCCUGUGCUUUACUGCCCUGGCAUGUAUAUGCUGGCAUCCGGAGCACUGCUGUGGGUAAGCACAGUUAUCAUACACCUUAUAUAUACUUAAUAUAUACAUAUAUAAAUAUUUAUCUUGUGUCGUUUCCUGUCACAUUAGCCAACAAUAAACUGGAAUAACUGUAGAUUUAUAUAUAUAUAUAUAUAUAUAUAUAUAUAUAUAUAUAUAUACUUUCAAUUUGGCAAGGCAUUUGAAAUAAUAUUGCUUUUCACGUUAGUCCAGUAUUGGAGAUCUUGCAAAUAAAAAAUGCUGAAAUGAUUUGUGGUUUUAAAGCAUGGUCUACUUGCUGCUUGUUAAUGUUUUGGUGACUUGCCUGCUAGCCUAAUAUUUACCAUUGAGGAAUUAUACAGGCUGCUCAUCCUCCAACCCUUUUGUCCUUGGUACCGGUUUCCAUGGUGCAGUUAUUACUGCAGUGUUAUUGGCUGGUCUCUUUGGACAAGCCAUUUGCAGAGCAGUAUGUUAUGGAGGUGUAAAUACAUACAUUUUCAUAGCUGAUGAGGUGCCGGCGUUCAUAUGACGACACUGGCAUCCUGAUGCUGAGAUUCUGCCACCCCCACAAGGUGCCGGCGUUCAUAUGACGACACUGGCAUCCUGAUGCUGAGAUUCUGCCCCCCCCCCCCACCCCCACACAGCCUAACCCUUGCAUUCCCAUUCCCCGCAGCCUAGCCCUAACCCCUUCCCCACCCUGCCAAUGCCUUGCAGGUGGAAGUCAUUCGGGAUUCCGUUGCUGGCAUUUAGAUCCAUGUUGGGAUGCCGAGCUGUAUCUGUACUCCGAUUUCUGAGAUGCCAAACACCGGUAUCCUGAAUGGAUCCCGCUGAAAUCUGCAACAUAGAGACAGAAAUGAAUGAUAUGCAUGAGCAUAGAGAAAAUAAGUCGCAUACCCUAUAAGAAUGCUGACAAACUAAUGGGAGUAUCUGAAGACUACCAAAGAUUAUUGGAUCUUUACUGUAAUUAGUAACAGUAUUGUCAUUGCUGAUCAGUUUCACUUGAACCAUGUUUCAAUGACUGUCAGCACUGUAAAGACAAUAAUAUAUUAAUCCAAUAAGACAGGCAUGGCCAAAGUGUGGCUCUCCAGUUGCUGUGAAACUACAAGUCCCAGCAUGCCCUGCCACAAUUUUUCUACUAUUUAAUGCUAAAACAGUGGCCGGGCAUCAUGGGAUGUGUAAUUUCGCAACAGCUGGAGAACCAUAGGUUGGCCAGGCCUGCAAUAUGAUACUGUUGCCAUAUAUGUAUUUUUUUAAAUUACCAGGGUCCUUUAUCUAUGUUCGUUGAUGUUAGUAGUCUUACAUUUAAAAUGUAUUCUUCCCUCUCCUUUAGUGGAAAGCGUGAAAAGCAUAUUUAUUUUAAUGGCAUUGCAUAGAUGUGACAGGUACAACAAAACAGUAAUUGCUUAAGCAUCAUACACCGCAGCGCUUCUGUGGUCAGGCCCUGUGUACAGACUUCACAUGUAGUAUAAGUUCAUUCUUUAUUAAAUAUUGGAAAAUGUAAUAUAUUGGGUAAUUUUUAUGUUGUAUUGUUAAUGUAUGUAUAUGUCUCAUUGCACAUACAGUAUAGUUCAGUAUUAUGCAGGUACUUUAUAGCAUUAUCUAAAUAUACAAAAUGAUCCAUUCUGAUACAAAGUGAUAAUGAGGGGACAUGGCAAGUUGUCAUUUUUGUGGUUCCUUUAUUUUGUGGUCCAAAGUUAGAAAAUAGUUAAAAUGUUAAGUCUUAAACUAUUAAAUCUGUAUUUUUUAUAUCAGGGAUUUACACAUGGAAUACGUGAUAUUGGCCCUCAUUCCGAGUUGUUCGCUCGUUAUUUUCUUCGCAUCGGUGCGAUUAGUCGCAAACUGUGCAUGCGCAAUGUUCGCAGUGCGCCUGCGCCAAGUAAAUUUGCUAAAAAGUUUGGUAUUUUACUCACGCCUUAACGAAGAAAUUUCUUCGUUCUAGUGAUCGGAGUGUGAUUGACAGGAAGUGGGUGUUUCUGGGCGGAAACUAGCCGUUUUAUGGGUGUGUGCGAAAAAACGCAGCCGUUUCUGGGAAAAACGCGGGAGUGUCUGGAGAAAUGGGGGAGUGUCUGGGCGAACGCUGGGUGUGUUUGUGACGUCAAACCAGGAACGAAACUGACUGAACUGAUCGCAGAGUAAGUCUCGAGCUACUCAGAAACUGCAAAGAAAUUUCUAAUCGCAAUUCUGCUAAUCUUGCAUUCGCAAUUCUGCUAUGCUAAGAUUCACUCCCAGUAGGCGGCGGCUUAGCGUGUGUAAUGCUGCUAAAAGCAGCUAACGAGCGAACAACUCGGAAUAAGGGCCAUUGUUGCCUAGAAUCACUACAGAAAGCACAAACUGAGUUAGGGUAUGCAAAUGUACAACAAAGUAAACCCAGAAUUUGCUGUGGAUGGUGAGGAACUGUGUUCUACGUAUGGGGAACAUUAUAUGUGAAACUGUGGUAGUAACCUUGUACACAAGUAGUACAAACUCCAUCAAUAUGAAAGCUAGAUCUGAUUCAGAAAUGCUUGAUGGCUGGCUCCACAUAUGUUUUUAAUAUGGCACCUCCCACUAUGUCAUGUACAUACCUUCCAACUGUCCCGAACCCAGCAGGAGAGUCCUGCUACUCGGACACUGUCCCGCUGUCCCUCCCACAGGCAGCAGUGUCCUGUGGGCGGGGGGAUGGCAGUUGGGGAGGCUUUGAUCACCCGCUGCUCUGCAAAGCAGGGAAUGAUCUCAGAAUAGACAAUAUCUAUUCAGUACUGGGAGGUGAGCAGGUGGCUGCCCAGCUGCUCUGGGAGCGCCUGGCACUCCCCAAAAUGCCGCACCAUGGGUCAGUGCCACAAGGCCACACCCACUCAAGUGAGGUCUCGCCCCUUUAUCAGGUCACGCGAGCGUCCCGGCCCCAUAAGCCAUAAAGUUGGGAGGUAUGCAUGUAUACAGUGGGUAUAAAAAGUACUUACGCACUUUUUGAAAUUGCAGGUUUUUGUGAUUUAAAGGCAGAAAUCAGUGAUAUCAUGUGUGACAUUUUUUCACCAUUUAAGGAAGUACAAGUAAUAAACAAAAUAGACAUUUUUUUAUGAAAACUAAGUGAAAGUAGAAAACCUACAAAGUAUUACUUUGUUGAAUCGCCUUUUGAUUUUAUUCCAAUACUUACAUGAAAAGUGUAUUUUUCCUUCUCCUUUACUGGAACCCAUGAAAAGCAUAUUUAGGGGGACAUUUACUAAGCAGUGAUAAGAGCAGAGAAGUGAGCCAGUGGAGAACUUGUCCAUGGCAACCAAUCAGCACUGAAGUAACAUCUAUAAAUUGCAUACUAUAAAAUGAUACAGAGCUGCUGAUUAAUUGAUGAGGCAACUUCUCCACUGGCUCACUUAUCCGCUCUUCUCACUGGUUAGUAAAUGUCCCCCUUAGUUUAUUGACAUUGCAUAGAUAUGACAGGUACAACAAAACCAACUUUGCACACCUGGACUUCCACGUAAGCAAAGUUUAAGGUCAGUGAAACCGUGAGAGAAUCUCCUGUGCACAGUGCUCUUUAGUUCAUUCCACAGGCUUUCACUGGGCUCUGACUGGGCCAUUAGAACACUUUAAUCUUCCUUUUCUGAAGCCAUUCCUUGGUUGACUUAGAUGUGUGCUUUUGAUCAUUAUCAUGUUGGAAGGUGCAACUACUUGCAUCUUCAGCUUUCAGAGGCCAGAAUGUUUUGUGUCAAAAUAUAUUGAUAUUUGGAGCUAUUCAUUAUAAAGAUAUUAUUUUUAUAGUACUUCUCUCCCAAUAGAAUGCAAAGCACUUUACACUCUGCAAAGUGAGGCAGCUAUUUUGGGUGCGCUCAGUUGCUAUUCUAAGUAAUCAUUCAUAUCAGCCCCUUCCCCAUUGGAACGUACAGUCUAAAUUCUCUACCACAAAUACAUACUAUGGUCCAUUUUUGUCAGGAGACAAUGGGUUAAAUUUUCUAAAGCUUCUAAAACAGAGAAUUGGUGAUAUUGCCCAUAGCAACCAAUCAGAUGCUUUUUAUCAUUUCUCUAUUGCCUUUUAGAAUAUGGUAGGAUCUGAUUGGUUGCUAUGGGCAGCAUCACCAAUUCUCUGUUUCAGAAGCUUUAGUAAAUUUACCCCAAUGAACCUGUCCAGCAUGUUUUUGAACUUUGUGUGAGGAUACUGGAGUACCUAGAGGAAAGCCACGCAAACACAUGGAGAACAUACAGAACUGCACACAGAUAGUCCCUUAGUGGGACUGGAAGCCAAGACCCCAGUGCAGUGAGGCAAUAAUGCCAACUACAAUGCUAUUGUUUUGUCCUACCCCUAUAACCUGACUAGAGCCCCUGUGCUAUCUGAAGAAAAGCAGUACCAACUGCUGGGUACACACUAGUUAAGUGGACGAUGUGGCCGAUACCGACACAUCAUUCACGAUAUCAUCCAGUGUGUAUGCACUAUGUCACGACAUCGCCCGUCGGCCGUGCAUGGAUUCCGAUGGGCGAUAUUGCCAAAUGCAGCAUGGCCCUUUCCCCCGGUGCUGUCGCUUGCGGCAUCAGCAAGUGUGUAUGCACUUGACGAUGCCGCCGGCCCACCAAACACGAUAUUACUGGGUACACACUAUUGUAUAGCGUGUACCCAGCUAAAGUUUGAUGCUGCCAGCAUCAUGCUUCAUGUUAGGUAUUGUAUGUCUCGAUGUUGUGCCAAACAUAGCUUUUAGAAGUACGCCCAUUAAGGUCUUGGUCUCAUCAGACCAUAAUAAAUUUUCCCACAUAGUUUGGGAUAAGUGAAUGUAUUAUUUUCAAAACUUAGAUGAGCUUGGAUGUUCUUUUUUUGUUAGAUAUGGCUUCUAACUUGUAGCAUACACAUGUGCCGAAUACAGAAAUGGGUAUUGCAUGCAUGGAGGGACCUGGCUGUUCCUGACAGAAAUUCCUACAGCUCUUUUUAGGUGUCUUUUAAUACCUUUCAGACAUCAGACCUGGGAUAUUGCCGGGUAUAGCAUACCCACAAAUUCCCGGGUCUGAGUUCCAUGACCCUGGUCGCAUACCUCCCAACAUGACCCUCUCCAGGAGGGACAGAAUGCUCUGCUCCUGCACUUCCCUCUUAAUUUAUGAUUGCCAUCACCUGUGGUGAAACACCUUUCUUAUCCAUUAACCUGUUCAAAACAGGUGCCAGCAAUCAUAAAUUAAGAGAAAGGUCCAAAAGCAGAGCAUUCUGUCCCUCCUGGACAGGGUCCUGUUGAGAGGUAGGUGGUCAGGAGAAGGGUCGCAGACCUGGGACUCAAUCACAGGUUAUUUCCUUUCAAACAUACCAAAAUCCCAGGUUGAUACACGCUCACGUGAAUUUUGAUGCAUGUCAGAAAGGCAUAUACUGUAAGACUCUAUGGGGGACAUGAACUAAGCAGUGAUAAAAGUGGAGAAGUUGCCUAUGGCAACCAAUCAGCUGCUUUGUAUACAGUAUGUUUAUCGGAUGCAACUUAUAAGUGUUACGUCAAUGCUGAUUGGUUGCCAUGGGCAACUUCUCCACUAACUCACUUCUCCACUUUUAUCACUGCUUAGUACAAUUCCCCCUAAGUCGCCUCCCUACAGAGUGUUCUCCCUGUCUUCCCAUGAACUUUGCGGGGAUAUUUUGAUCUUUAGAAUGUCCUUUUUUUGCCACAUUUUCUCCACAUUUAGUCUUUGUAGUGUUUUUUGAGAGUGUACAUGUAAUUCCUUUUAAAUAGAUUUAUAACCCACUCCUGAUUUGUUACUUUUUAACAAUAAGAAUCUAGGGAUGUUAUGAAAGCUCCUCGUGGAACAUGGUUAUCACUUUUAUGGCUGACAGGUGUGUGCCAAUUACCUUUUGGGCAUUUGAAUGUGUUGGUUAACUGUGAACACAGCUACAUUAUGAAAGGGUUGGUUCUAAAUCCAAGUGGGGUAAGGGACCUCUGACGUCACAAGGGGCGGAGCCAUGUCACCAGGGGGAAGAGCCAUGAUCGAACAGGGUACCCGAAAUGUUCGCUCACCACCAGAUUACUUAAGGUAGUAGUUGGUGGCGUGGAUAGUAGAAAAACUAUCCCGCUGGCCUAGCUCCUCCCCCUGGUGAUGUGGCUCCUCCCCCUGACAUCAUAGGUCCUUUAGGCCACUUGAAUCUAGCAUCUACCAUUAUGAAAGGGUGUGCACAUUUAUGCAACCAUUGCAUUGUAGCCUCUGUAUUUCACUUUUUUUUUUAAAUAUUGCCUGUUUGAUUUCUCACUUUAAUUUUAUUGGGUCAGAUGUUACAUUAAAGAUGGGAAAAGAUCUGAUAUGAUUUUUCUUAAUUUCAGUGAGGGUGUGUAUACAUUUUAUAUUAAUGUACAUCAACGUUGCCAAUCCUUUUUACUGACAAUACAACAUUAAUUUCUAAUCAAUACAUCUUACUGACACAUGUUUAUGAAAUAUGGAAAUAUAUUAGAAAAAAGACUUUGUGCAACUUCACUGAAAGGGUUAAGAACACUACUAGACCUGUAACCAAUGAUAUUAUAUAUCUGAUAUGUACUGUAGUUUAAUAACACCAUAUCAGAUUUGUAGAUAUCCCUUUAAUGUUGAACAAUGGGUAGAAUAGACUGACCGUUGGUAUGUUUUGAUUCACAUGCAAAAGGCAUUAUUUCCUGGAAAUACAUACUAUGGCAUGUCAAUAUGCUUCAAUACAUUUUAUUUGUCACUAACUAAAAAUCUUAAACAAUUUGAUAGAUACAGUCUCACUGGCCCUCUCUACAGUAUCCACCACUCAACAAAUCUCUGCAUGCUUUCUGUACUGUGAGACGUGAACAACAAGAAUGCAGUUUUAACUUAGUUUGUGCUUAAACUGUAUUGGUUCUACUGAAGAUGUAAUAAAGUGGUUGGGUUCUUUUACUUUUAUUUCUAAUUUUGUACUGAAACAUGUAUCAGUGUGGGAAAAUGUACUUUGUAUACAUCACUGCUGGGAGUUUGAAACAUAUUGCUGGGCAGUCUGUGUCAGGCGUUUCAGCAGGGAACAUGACAACAUGUUUGGAUGGAAAGGGAAUAUUUGUGCAAAAUAGGUUUCAAUAAUUAUGCUAGUAUUUACAAUUGUAUCUGUUGUUCUGCUACUGUACAUAAUAGAAUUUAUGAUGGGCACAUGCUAGUAAGCUAUACACUUUACCUUACUACAAAAAAAAAAAAAAAAUCCAAAUGCUUAAUAAAGAAGAGUAAUAUGUAUAA